CUUGCAACCAAUCAAUUAGCUUGUUGUUUGAAUUUGUGAUUGUAAUGGUGGCAAAAUGGCAGCUUCCAUGGAAUACAUGCCUUCCGGAGAUGAGCCACAAAAAGAAGCUGUUUUGGCCCAUUUCACAAAUGGAAGGUUAAAUAUUGAUGAGGAUGGUACAUGUACAAAAGCUCCAAAAUUUGGUUAUUAUUGCAAUAAAAACUUUCAUGACCCCAGGGACAAGAACAAGAGAAUUCUGGUUGGGGAAACUGAUAAAAUGGACUAUGUAGGCUACAAUUAUGGCCUGAAAGCAUCACAAAGCAACGCACUUUGCAAGUAUAUGGUGGGUGUGUUAGACAAAAAAACUGGAAAAAUGAAAGUUUACGAUGCUCAGUAUUUUAUUGUGAGGCCUAAACUUGACAACGAAGAAGAUGAUGUCGAAGAAAAACCUGAAUUGAGUUUUAUUGAAAAGAAUGAUAUACUAACCAAAGCAUUUGGCAGCUCAAAGAAGAAACGUGCAGUGGAAUCCAGACUGAAUAGUAAACUUGAAGUUGAUGCUUUGGGACAAUCUAUGGAAACUGCUGUUCAGCAAGCGAAAGCACAGUCACAACAAAUAACAAGAAUUCCUGGUGACCAAGAAGCUGAAAGUGUUAUACCGCCAUUUGAUGCGAAAGCUACAAAACCAGAAGAUGUCUAUAAACUACAGGAUAUCAUAUCUGACACCCAGAUGGAAUCCUUGAAAGUGUUGGCUACCGAGCUGAUUUCAUCAACUGAAAACCAGAAGUCAGAAUCCAAACAUCUCUUGUACAUUUCACAUCACCUUUAUAACUGUUUACCAACCGAUCAACUAAGAAAGGAAACCAUGGCAUGUCAAUUACUCUAUUUACAUUAUCUUGUUAUUCUUUACCAUACGAAGGCACGGUCUUUACAGAGGAAAUCCAUAUUUCCAGAUGAAACACCGGCCUUUAUCGCCUCAUCUUUAUUGGAAAUAUUUACGUGUGAAGCAAUUUCUCCUGAUAGUGAGCACAAAACCAUCAGGUACAUGUCAGCUAGAUUAAAAGACAGAUUGUUAUCCUAUAUACUAGUCCUAUGUCUACACAUUGAUAGAUUUAAUAUGAAUCUAGAUCUUUUACAGAAAGACUUGAAGAUUCCUAAAAAAAAACUGCUGGUUUACGUGAACAGUCUUGGAUGUAAAGUGGCUAGAGCAAGAACACCACAAGAUCCACAGCGAGUGACACUACCAAUCCCACUCACCUUUCCUGAAAAAGCUAGACAAAGAAAAAGAAAAAAAUAA